CAAUUUUGAGAAAUGGGGACAAAAAAAAAUGGUGACAAUAAAUAUGAAGGUUUCGAAUCGAGGCAUCAACAACAGCUGUUAGCAGCCGGUGUACCGAAGCAUUUCUGGCGACGCUUACAUGAAAAACUUGUCAACGAAAUAUUUGAUGCGGGUGACUUCUUCCAAAUUUUGGAAGAAAUUAGCGAAGAUGGCAAACAUCAUUACACAGUUAUAGCACUGCAACAAUUGAGAGUGGACGAUCCCAACUGCAUUUUUCUCAUAGAUCAUGCAUGGACUUUUCGACCACAAAUUGUACGAAAACAAUUGCAUGAAAUUCCUGGUCUUUUGGAUCGGAUUUGUAAUGUUUUCAAUAUUGAAGAACAAGAAAGAAGUGCAGCAGAAAGUCAUUCGGAUUACGGUGGUAGUGGUGACGAAGCACAAAUCCCAAGUGGAUUGGAGUGGCAACCUGCUAGUAAUCAGGAAGAAGGUAUGGUAAAACCGAUGAGUCAUAGUGACAGUUUUAAAAAGCAUACUGGUGGUAAAUGUGAUGGUGAUGCCGGAUCAGAUGGCGCUAGACCUAAUGAUAGUGCUGGACCAAGUAAUUAUGAAGAACGUCGUAGUAGUCUUCCGGAAAGUAUAACAGGUACCCCAAUGUCGGGAAGUCUUACUACCGUCUCGGAGGAAGAACAUCGAAUAAAUGAAGUUUUACAUCAUAUGUGGCGCUAUAUCCACACCUAUACAAUGCGUUUUUUAGAAAAGGAACCGGAUGAGUGCGACAUGCCGUUGUGGUAUAUGCCUGAUGAGUUUGGUGUUCGUAUUGGUCACAGCCACAUGCCUAAUUGUCGAAUGGUACCUAUCUUUCAUAUGCCAGAAAAUAUAGCUUACAAUUUGUUAUUUCCUAUUCAGAAUGUGGAAGUUGAAGGAACCAUUACUCGUGAUUAUGUAGACACAAUGAUUACAAGAACUCAUCCGGAAUGGCGUCAUAUUUUAAUGCAUCCGUGGAUUCCUGUAGAUUUAACAGGCGCAAGGCUUGAACAUAUCGUUGCUCCAGAUUCGCAUUUCACACGUUGCCGUGUUCCUGACAUUUUUCCAUUAAAUGCUUCGACUGUUGUUCCUGGCAUUGAUUUAUCAUUGAAGAAGAUAUAUGUAUUUGGCGAUGACUUGCAACUUUUUUCAAAUCUGAAAACAGUUGAAAUUGUAAAGGUUGAUUGCAUCGAGGAUGCUAAUGUCAUUUGGAUGCGGAAGCAUUUCAGUGAUUACAAAGACUUGUUUGAGAAAAAUCCGAAAGCUUUGGUGAAUCAAUUCCCUUACGAUAGUGUGUUAACAGUGAAAGAUCUGUUAACAGCGACAAUACAAUCAGUAUAUCGUGACAGUGUGAUAGAUUCAAAAUUGAUGCAUUGGCAACCGUUGUGGUUCGAAACGACUUUCAAUCUUGAAACCGAAUUGCCACAGUUUGUAGCUUAUUAUCAACAGCGAGAACUUAAGAAUAUGGAUAACACCUGGAUAGUAAAACCAUGGAAUCUUGCACGAGGUCUGGAUAUACAUGUGACUGACAAUUUAUCUUAUAUUAUUCGCCUUAUCGAAAGUGGGCCUAAGAUUGCGUGCAAAUAUAUUCAUCGACCUGUCCUCGUUCGAAGACCUGACAACGGUAAUAUGGUGAAAUUUGACUUGCGUUAUAUCAUAUUUUUGCGUUGCUUACGCCCACUAAAGCUGUUUUUGUACAAAAAUUUUUGGGUACGAUUUGCAAUCAAUGACUUUUCGCUUUCACAGUUGGAUGACCGUGACACUCAUUUUACAGUUUUCAAUUAUUCGGAGGAUGAUAAAGUUUUAAACAUGGAUUGCAAAGAUUUUAUCAACCAAUGGGAGAAAUUGUAUGCUGUAAAAUGGAGCGAAAUACAAGGAAAAAUCAAUGAAGUGAUCAAAGAUGUGAUUAAAACUGUAUCGAAAGAAAAGCCUCCUCGUGGGAUUGUCCCAAAUGCACAGUCUCGAGCAAUGUAUGGAAUGGAUGUAAUGUUGAAAUGGGACUCUGAUGAUCUUGCUACACGCAAAAUUUGUGUUUCGUUUAUCGAAGGGAAUUUCAUGCCCGAUUGCGACCGUGCUUGCACAUUCGAUGCGGAUUUUGCAGAUACAGCUUUUAAUGCUCUUUUUACGGAUAAAGACAUCCCUGAUAUGUUGAUGGAGCUGGUUUAAUUUCUAUUGCUAUAUACUUCUGAGUUGUCCAGUUUGCUUAACCUGGUGUCUAUGUUGCACUUCUUUCUUUAAAUCUAUUAUUAACUUGGGAAGAGCUCGAUGAAGGGGCUGCAUAUUUCUUCUUAAUCGGGACAGUUAAUCACUUCUCAUGUCGGAAGUUUUCGAAAUAUUUCAUGUUUUGGUUCUCGUUUCAGACCAGAAAAACCAGUUCUGUCUCGAGUUCCGGUUAGUUUGGCAGAUAUUAUACAUUUUAUUUAUUUCGUUUCAGGCUUAUAAUAUCCGUUUGUGUUAUAUAAUUAUUUGCUAACUUUAAUCGUUCCUAUCAAAAUUCCUGCAAGAUGUAUAUCGUCCUUGUGAGUCAUUCCUCGAAGCAUUAUUUCCCAG